UACAAAUGGCUUGUAAUAACAAUACUAAACUGACCAUAAUAUUCGCUUCUGGUUGUUUCUUAGUAGUUCUAGUGACCUGCUGUGUCAUAUUACCCAUGUUCUACAACCAAAUGUCGGUUCUCAAAAUGGAACAGAGAGAAAUAGUGGAAGGAAUGUUGGAUUCACUAGUUUACAAACAAAAGAUCGUGGAGCAAAUGGAGGUCGAAAUGAUUCGGUUGAAAGAAAUUAAAGACAAGGCCCUAAAAUCAGGGAAGAAAUUGCGUUCGAAUAGACAGAAAAGAGCAUCGAGAAAUAAGAAUAACCAUGGUGACUUCACAAAAGAUAUCUCAAAUAUAGACACUUCAGAAAGAGCAAAGAGAAAUGCCCCGAUCGAUGAUAAUAUACGCGACGACGAGAUGAUGAUGCUGAUGGAUGAGCCCGUUAUGCCUCCAGCCCCACACGAGGUUAAUAUGCAUAUGCCUAUGGCGCCGGAUCACCACUUAGGGUCUGAAAGGAUGGAUGAUUCAUUGUCCAAAUACGAAGGAAGAAGGGCAGGUGGUAGUAAUGGCGUGGGUAGGGGCAAAAGAACCUAUUAUCAAGAAGCUACGGAUACCCAUGGCAGUUCGGAGAUAGAAGCCGGGAGAGACGAUAGUAGGUUCGAACAAUUGUUGAGGGAACUCGAGAAGACUGGAGGCAUCGUAGAGAUAGAUUGCGGUUGUCCCAAUGGUAAUCCUGGAACACCAGGACCUCAAGGUCCUUCAGGAAAACCGGGAAUUCCUGGAAUUCAAGGGGUUGAUGGCACUCCCGGAAGGCCCGCGAUUGAUGGAAAUCCCGGGGCACCAGGCGAAAACGGAAAACCUGGUCCAGCUGGAAAUCCGGGAAGAAAUGGGAACGAUGGUAGAGACGGAACCCCGGGCCAGCCCGGACGAGCUGGACCGGAAGGUAGCAAUGGAAGAGAUGGUCAACCAGGAAGAGACGGACAAAAUGGUUUACCAGGGAAAGAUGGCGAACCAGGUAGAGAAGGGGAACCUGGUGUUUCAGGAGAAAAUGGAAAGGAUGGCAACGAUGGUUUACUGGGUAAGCCAGGAGCUGAUGGCAUACCAGGUAUAAGGGGUCAACCUGGUCCUAAGGGGCCAGACGGCAGACCAGGGCCACCUGGGCGAGAUGGAGCCCAUGGAAAAGACGGAUUGCCAGGAAAACGAGGUCGGGAUGGUGCUCACGGAAUUGACAAUAGACUACCCGGACCAGACGGGGAUGCAGGUACACCGGGUAGAGACGGCCCACCUGGGCUAAGCGGAUCAGAUGGAAAACCUGGUCAGGAUGGUAAUCCGGGUCGGGAUGGUCAUCAUGGCUUGCCCGGCAAAGACGGAGAACCCGGCUUAGCGGGUGUCGAUAGUCUACCAGGAAAGGAUGGUAACCCAGGAACACCUGGAAUCGAUGGUAGGCCCGGAGCUCCCGGCAUAGACGGAAAACCUGGCCAGCCUGGCAAUAGGGGGGUUCCUGGAGAGCCUGGAAACCCAGGAAAAGAUGGUUUACCUGGCAGUCCUGGAAGAGAUGCUCAUCAUGGCCUUGACGGAAAGCCCGGACCAGAUGGGAGACCUGGCGAUGAUGGACAACCCGGCUUAGACGGUGAAGCCGGACGAGAUGGUCGGGAUGGCAAGCCAGGUGACAGAGGGCGAGAUGGUCUUUCAGGAGUGGAUGGAAAAUCGGGAAACGACGGCAGACCCGGUUCAGCUGGUGUUAACGGUCCGAAAGGAGCUAAGGGAUUAUCCGGUCAGCCGGGGCAGGAUGGAUCACCAGGUCAACCAGGACCAGAUGGUCUGACUGGCCCACCUGGGGAGAACGGACCUAUUGGAAGCUUACCAGGAAAUUCGGGUAGGGCUGGAAAUGACGGAAGACCGGGUACCCCAGGAAUAUCUGGAAGCCCCGGAAUAAGAGGAAGUUCUGGGGUUCCAGGUAAACCAGGAAGGGCAGGUGAGAAAGGAGAUAGCGGACAGAGUGGACGAGACGGUGAAUUGGGAGUGCCUGGCUUACCCGGCAAAGAUGGCCCUCCUGGAGGCCCAGGAGUUCCGGGAAAGUGCCUUAACGAGUGCGUCAACGAUAACCGAAAAAUCACGGUAUGCGGUGGCUCCUUGUACGUACAUUGGGGUAAGAAAUCAUGUUCUGAUGACACAGAUACAGGCGCUAAGUCUCAACUUGUUUACAGUGGAUAUGUGGCUGGAGGUCAUUAUGCUGACUCGUAUCCAGGUGGAGGUCACAACUACCUGUGUUUACCUGAAAAUCCGAAUUUCGAAAAUUUCGUAGAUGGAUUUUCGACAGGAACUAAUGGCGAAGGAGCUUCCAAGAUAUACGGGGCAGAAUAUAGAGUAUAUGACGAUGCCAGCCCAUUUUUGGUCUAUCAGGGCUCGCUCAAACAAAAACAGGCCGUGUGUUCUGUUUGCUAUACCAGUAACGCUUGCAACCAUGUAGUUAUUCCUGGAUUCACUGAAUGUCCUACAGGCUUCGUCAAGGAAUAUCAAGGUUACAUUAUGGCUCUUAACAACAAAUACUGCCGUUCUCAGUACAUUUGCGUGGAUCAAUCUCCUGAUUUCCACACUGAAGGUGAUAGCACGGGUGACGGUAGCGCGCUUUAUGUCGUAGAAUCCAAAUGUGGAGCUUUGCCUUGUAACACUUAUUCAGACGGAGCGGAGAUAUCGUGCAUUGUUUGCGCCAAAUCAUACGCCUAUUAAUUGCCCCCCCCCCAAACAUAAAAUAUACUACCCAAAAAGUAGGAACACCCUUCCCUUUUUAAACAAAAAAAUAUAUACCCAUAUAUAAAUAUCAUAGUACAUAUACAUAUAAAAAUAUUUAGUUCAAUGCACCACAAAU